UAUAUAUCAUGCGUUUCUCUCACUUUCUUUCUGCUGCUCUUGCUAUUUAUUUUAUUUCAGCAAACCAUGCUGCUAGUAUAUACGCACAAGACUCUACUUCUAUCAAAGGCUGUGAUCUCCAAUUUAACGUGUUCUAUUGGAAAUUCAUUACGUUGCAAAAGAACAUACUUGACUUUAAGGAACAAGGAAGACCCUUAAACACGACUGAAUCUGAACACGUCUUGUCUACAUUGUCUGAACUCGAUGCUCAAAUGAUAAAUACUCAAAAAGAAUGUUGCUCAUCCGAGAAUUCAUUUGAUCCUGAUGCUCUUGUAAUGUUCAAGGCAUUUACACUGAAUAUGGCCAAUACAACAGUUGAUAUGAAAGACAGUUUUGAACACGAAAUUCCUCUUUCAAAUGAAGAACAAACCAAAGUUGUUGUUGGAGAUUUAGGAGAAUUACAUACUAACUUGACAGACUUAAACGAUCGAUGCUUUGUAUAAACAAAGCCGGGUUGUAAGACGUUACACUUGAUCGGUUUGACUGAACAAGUAACUUUGAUACCAGACAAAUAAUAAAGUCUUUAAGCGUUGUACAGAA